UAUUAUAGACUUGUUGGCUACUCCUUCUUCUCUCUCAACAAAACUUGAAUAUUUUCAUUGUCAGAGAAGCAAACCCAACACAACCCAGUUACUCUUCGCGACCUCUUUCUCUUUCUCAGGUUUUUGUAAGGUUUAUCAUGGGGGAUAGUCAGUACUCGUUUUCGCUUACCACAUUUAGCCCUUCUGGAAAGCUUGUUCAAAUUGAACAUGCUUUGACUGCUGUUGGAUCUGGACAAACUUCUCUUGGAAUUAAAGCUGCAAAUGGAGUUGUAAUUGCAACAGAGAAGAAACUGCCCUCUAUAUUGGUUGAUGAAGCUUCAGUUCAGAAAAUUCAGUUAUUAACACCAAAUAUAGGUGUCGUAUACAGUGGCAUGGGUCCUGAUUUCCGAGUUUUGGUUCGUAAAAGCAGGAAACAGGCUGAGCAAUAUCAUCGAUUAUAUAAAGAACCAAUCCCUGUUACGCAGCUUGUAAGGGAAGUUGCAGCUGUUAUGCAAGAAUUUACUCAGUCUGGUGGUGUUAGGCCCUUUGGUGUGUCUCUGCUGGUUGCAGGGUUUGAUGAUAAUGGACCACAAUUAUAUCAGGUGGAUCCAUCCGGUUCAUAUUUUUCUUGGAAAGCUUCUGCUAUGGGGAAAAAUGUUUCUAAUGCAAAGACAUUUCUUGAGAAGAGGUACACAGAUGAUAUGGAGCUUGAUGAUGCAGUCCACACAGCAAUUUUGACACUGAAGGAAGGGUUUGAGGGACAGAUCUCAGCGAAAAAUAUUGAAAUUGGCAUAAUUGGUGCGGACAAGAAGUUCAGGGUAUUGACACCAGCCGAGAUUGAUGAUUAUUUGGGUGAAGUAGAAUGAUCUGCAAUGAAGGAAUCCUUAUGUUCUGAAAAUCUGUGUUGUUUCAGUUUAAUUGAAUUUCAAGAUGACUUUGCUUAAAUGAGCUACUCUUGUGGCCAACAAGCCUCGAGAAAAACCUUCUUCCCAAGACCAGUAUUAGCAUUAGCAUACAAACCUAGAUUGUUUAAAUAUAUGAUAUGACAAUGACAUCCAAUGUAUUUUCUAAUUUUAUUUUUUUCUUUUACUAUCUACUUGUUCCUUGUCUAUUAUAAUAGUUCUUGCUGGUUAUGUUAAAUGCUUUCUAAUUGCAAUGCGAUUUCAAUUUCAGGGUUUC